AUGCCUUUGGAGGAUAUCGUGAAGACACUCCCCUUGAGCACCCAAAAAUUCCAACAAGAAACCCGCUCGAGCAUACAAAAUGUGGAAUCCCAAAUGAGUCAACUGGCUUCCUCCAUUAGUCGUUUGGAGUCUCAAGGUAUUAAGAGAGCCAUGUAUGAUUUGGGUGCUUCUAUAAAUGUCAUGCCUCUUACUAUCUUUAAAUCUUUGAAUGUUGGUCCAUUAAAAGAAACGGGUGUUGUGAUUCAACUUGCUGAUCGUUCUAUUGUUUAUCCUGAAGGAGUCCUUGAAGAUGUUUUAGUAGAAGUUAAUGAAUUGGUUUUUCCUGCUGAUUUCUUUGUGAUAGAUAUGAGGGAAGAUAACUCCCCCAAUUCUACAUCUAUUUUGUUAGGAAGGCCAUUUCUUAAAACCGCUAGAACAAAAAUUGAUGUCCACAAUACAAUGUUACCUAUGGAAUUUGAUGGCACCUACUUUGGAAUUGAAGGAAUUGCCCAAACAUCUCAAGUAUGCCUUCUUAGGAGAAACUACACUCUAUCGGUGAUCAUCUCUAGCAAGCUUUUCGCUUUAGAAGAGAAGAAGUUAAUCCGUGUGCUUCGAGAGUUCCGAGAGAUCAUUGGUUGGACAUAG